AUCCCCGGUCCCGUUGUGACCUCAUUACCCAGGCAACAUCACAGAGCCACAGGGGCAGAGUAUUCCCUGGGCGGGGAGGAAAUGAUGUCAGAGGCAGAAGAAGGGGUUAAAAGGAGUUGGUGGCAGCACAGGAAAUGAUGUCACAAACAGAUGUGGGAUCUAAUGAGGAGUGGGUGUAGAACAGGAAGUGAUGUCAGAGGCAGAGAAUAAGGCUGAAGAAGACUUGACAGCAAUCAGGAAGUGAUGUCGGAGGCAGAACAGGAAGUGGUGUUUGCAGCGGAAGAGGGGCUGCGAAAGGAUUAGAGACAGAACAGGAAGUGAUGUCGGAAGCAGGAAGGGGGCCCAGAGGUGGACUGAGGCAGAACGGGGAGUGAGGCAGGAUUGCUGACCCUUGACCUUGAUCACCAUCCUGGGAUUUUGGUCCCCCCGUGCGAGGAGUUGCCCCGUUCCCGCGGGCGCCGGACCCCAGCCCUGCCCCGGGGCCGCAGGAGGAAGGGCCGGGUUGAGACACAAGCCAGUGCCAGGGGGCUGGCUGGAGAAGUCGUUCGAACUCUCCCACGCUCGUCAACCCACCAGCAGCGGCGACGGGCCGGUCUUGGGGGGCCCCAGGGCGAAGCCCGGAGAGCUCAGCGCCUCCGUGAAAGGCUUGGCCAGCGGCGGCCCAGGCGGCUGGCUGAGCGCGACGGGGCAAGUGCGCCACUGAGCGCGUCGGGGAAACUGAGGCACGCGUGGGCUUCAUAAAACCACUACCGAAAAUGCCCCCCCCUUGGCCACGAGAGACCCGAGGCGACCUGGGAUGUGACGUCAGCGACAGAAGAGGAAGUGAUGUCAGGCGCCGAAGAGGCGCGGCCGAGGCCGUGCGGCAGAGCCGGAAGUGACGUCAGAGGCAGCCGCGGCCCGAGGCAGGCGCGGCGGUUGCCGGGGCGAUGCUGGCGCUGGCGCUGCUGGCGCUGCCCCUGCUGGCCCCGGGCGCCGCCCCCUGCCUGCGCUGCUGGCCCGACGCCGCCCGCCACGUCCGCUACGACGUGCGGCUGCUGCUGGGGGCGGCGCGGCCCGGGGCGGCCGCGGGGCUGGAGGGGGGGCUCAGCGCGCUCCUCUUGGGGGGGGACCCCGGCGUCUGGAUCAUGGAGCGGGAGCGCCUGGAGCGAGAAGCCGGGAAGCUCUUCUAUCGCCUGGACCAGAUCAUCACCCGCAACCGGCAGGAUCCAGGGCGCCUGAUGAAGGAGGCAGCGCUUGAAAAGCAGAACUUCACCCACCGCCUGAGAGCAGCGUCGGCAGCCGUCCGGCAGCAAGUGUGCAGCGCGUCCUGUGGCAGGCCUGAGCCCUUCGAUUUGUCUGAGUGCAACAGCUGUCAACGCUUCCAAGCUCAGUGCAGGGACCAGAGGGUCUGCGCAGGUGCUGCUGUGAUCCUGGCCGUGGGGCUGAGCCUGGUGGGACUGGUGCUGGGAGCCGCAGUGGGGGCCUUCCUUUGUUACAGGAGGCGAGCAAGGCUGGCGGGCGGCACAGAGGCCGAGAAGGGGCUGGCGGCAGGCAGGACAGAGCCCCCCGCGGAGCAGGGGAAUGGGGCCCCUGCAGACUUGGGGAAUGGGGCCCGCAUGGUGCAGGGGGACGGGACUCAUUAAAUGUUGGUGUCUUUUCCCA